UAAAUACCAAGUCCGGGUCCUCCGUUCCACUAUCCCAGCCCUCCCUCUCUCUUUGGCUCUCUACCCCGCCUCUUCCCACUUGAACACACCCCGAAAGAUGGAGCAAACAUUCAUCAUGAUCAAGCCUGAUGGGGUCCAGAGAGGCCUUGUUGGUGAAAUCAUUGGCAGGUUUGAGAAGAAAGGAUUCUCCUUGAAAGGUCUUAAGCUCGUCAGUGUGGACCGUCCUUUUGCCGAGAAGCAUUAUGCAGACCUCUCUGCGAAGCCCUUCUUCAGUGGCCUGGUCGAUUAUAUCAUUUCUGGCCCCGUCGUUGCUAUGGUUUGGGAGGGCAAGGGCGUUGUGACCACUGGGAGGAAGAUUAUUGGAGCCACCAACCCUGCAGAAUCUGCUCCUGGAACCAUCCGUGGUGAUUUUGCCAUUGACAUUGGCAGGAAUGUCAUCCACGGAAGCGACUCGGUCGAGAGCUCAAGGAAGGAAAUUGCACUGUGGUUUCCUGAAGGCAUUGUGAGCUGGCAAAGCAGCGUUCACCCCUGGAUCUACGAGUAGAUUCUCAUGGGCUGCGAUUCUGUUUUCUGCUCAUCUAAAUUUUUAGUUUAAUGUAUUAUCAACUGCUGAGCUUUUGAUUCGCAUUGUCGUGAGUGUCUGGUCUGGUUGUCCGCAUUGUCCUUGCCUGUCUUUAUGACUGCAGGUGCAACUUGCCUGUGUUUACAACUGCAGAUGCACUUAGAACGAUAUAUGAUUUUUGGUAGAUGUCUGGUGGUGAUUCUAGUUGAGUCGUCAUGAUUUUCCUGGUAAAGAUCUAAUUAGAACUU